AUGAUUGUUCAAGCAACAAGCAACGAAUAUAAGAGCGAUUCAUUGCAGAAGUUGUUGCUGUUAUUACUAGCAACCGUGAUUACGCCAGUGCUGUCAUGUGGGGGCGGUAGUGGUGGUUGUUGUAUGUGUAUGCCGGCAAUGCGCACUCAACAACAACAAUGCAUGCCGCAAAUGUCAGAGUGCAGACCCAUGUGUUGUCCGUGUGGUGGUGGAGGCUUUGGCGGCGGAUCGGGUCGUGGUGGACAAGCAAUUCCCGUAAUCUUGGUACCAGGCGGUAGUAUGGGAGGCGGUGGUGGUGGAGGCGGUGGAGGUUAUGCUUUACCAGGCGGUGGCGGUGGCGGUGGUUAUUCCAGUGGAAUGUCUAGUGGCGGACCUGUUGGUGGCGCUUAUAGCGCCGGUGGUGGAAGUGGUUACGUUGGAUGA